AUGGAUAACACAGCCACCCCAAGUCCCUUGAAGCCUCGUAGUAUCAAGAAGAAACAGUACCUCUCGAACUUGGUCCCUCGAUACUCUGUUACGCAGAACACGGAGAGCGUUAACAGCGGCAGCGAAAAUCCCGCCGCCCCUUCGACCGGUUUACUCUCUUCCAAUCCCCCACAGUUUGACGUCGAAAGCACUUUCCCUGCAAUCCUCGCUCCUGUCAAACUUCUCCGCGAAGUCGAGGAUCUCGACUCACUCCGUGCCUUGACACCAAUCUUUUCUCAAUGUCUGGCGGCGAUCUUACACUCCAUAGCGCAGUUUCAUAGUGACGUCGGGUACACUUCCGCCUUGCAGCUCGCUGAAUCCGCAGUGGAGUUUUCCAAGCAGUCCUUCCUGGGCCAUAUCAAUCAGCUCCAUGUCAGCGGUUUCCAACCCACCAGCAAGAGGGCCUUCAUCGGGGAGGCUAUAGAGCUAAUGGACAUAACCAUGUCUACCCUGACAGUGUUCAUGCGAGCUGCAGAGCGCGAGUGGCAGCAGAUGAAGCCCCUUCCAGACCCUCCCGAAGAAUGUGAGGAGAUCUUGGAAGCCGAAGAAGAUGGCGACCAGUCAAUUGGAGCUGGUCAGAGUUAUUUGCCGUCGACUGAUAAUCAUCAAUCUAGUGAAGGAUCGUCAACCUGCGUUGAAGAGGUGGAUGAACUAGGGGCUCUUGUCAAGGCGCCCCCGAUCAAACGCCCGAAACGUGGACUGGCAGCAAUCAUUGGGCCAAUUAAAACCUUGCGCCGCAAGUGUUCGAGGAUCUCUUUUUCAAAGGCUGACACAGCGACACCUGUCGAGAAAAUAACGACUCGCGCAGGCCAUGCUCGUGCGACGGCUAACAUCAGAAACUCGAUCGCACUCUUUACAGAGUUACUUGAUGGAAAGCUAGAGCAUUCCCUCCCGCAUCCAGACGACAGCACAGAACUAUUCAUGGACAGGAACGGAGUACUCCAGCUUGCCUCAUUGAGGGGCCUGAUUCGUUAUCUCACGUCAACAGUCUCUGACGAUGACCUCGAACUCGCAGAUGUUUUUUUCCUCUGCUUUCGCUACUUCUCGACUCCAGCACUGGUUCUCGAGGCUUUUAUGGAGCGAUACAAGGAGAAAUUACCCGGUUGCUUGUCCCCUGAUCAAGUUCGCACCCAGUCUCUGCACGUCAAGAUGCGUGUAGCUCGCCUGCUGAACCAGUGGGUUGAUCUUCAUUGGCGCCACUCGGAUGAUCACGAAGUCUUCGCUACCCUCACCCAAUUCGCCUUCUCUGAUCUGUCUCAAGAUCUCCCUCGCGAUGUCUCCUCGAAACUUAUCAACACUUUGCACAAUGCAGCGUGCGCCAAAGAACACAAAGGGCGGCGCCUUGAGAAGACGGUUCAACUCAUUCAAGCCUCUUCACCAGCGGAAGAGUUCUCUGGCUUCUGGGAGCCUCGCGAGAAGGAGGCGAUGGUGGGGGAGGUUUCAAAGAUUUGGUUGACUCGCUUCUCGUCUCCUCAACGCAUGGAGCUCCUGACUCAUCAGCUCACCCUGGUGUUGUGGGAGAAAUAUCGGGUCUUCCAGCCCGAGGAUGCUGCGCGCUUUUGGGUCGAAGAGGCGACUGGAAAGACGCCCUAUGGUAUUUCCAAUGACGCUGGUCCAAAGGUAACCACGUAUGCAUCCUUUGAGAAGGCCAUUCACCUUUGGGCACUGGAUAUAAUCGUGUCCCCAUCAUCGAUGGAGGCUCGUAUUAAGAAUGUAAAGUUCGUCUUGGAGUGGGCACAAGCUUGCCACAAGAUCAGAAACUACGCCGCUUCAUGGGCAUUAUUUUCCGCGUGCGACCGACAGAGUUUGGUCGGCACUUCGUUGAACAUCGGUGCCAAGCACGAUGAGAUUCUUCUUGGUCUACGUUUAUUCUUUAGCCACACAAACCACAUGAAGGCCUACAAGGACGCGAUCCAAAGUAGUCUUGGACCCACUCUGCCGACCCUUGUGCUUUUCGUAGGCGACGUCAAGCGCCAGUGCGGUAACGAGGAACGCGUUGAGAACCCCAAUGCGCCGGGACAUAAGCUCAUCAACCUUAGGCGUUACCGCCCUCUCACUCGAGCUGUCCGAGACAUGGAAAGAUGUCAUACGCCCUAUCACAUUCAACGUGUGGAUUCUGUCUAUCAAUGGAUUGAGGAGGUCAUCUGCUGUUACCUCAAGCGCCCAGAAGCGGAAUGGGAGGACAUCCUUUACGAGAAAAGCCGGCGCCUCAAGAAAAACAGCCGUUUUUGAAAUUUCUAGCAACCAUAUUCGUUCGCAUUUCUUGACCAUGUUUUAUUGUCCGUUUUGUCGCUCUGUUCUUAAUUGACUGACACUAUAGUUCAGUCUACCGCUUUCAUUUGCUAUCGUUUGCUUUCAUUGACCAUGUCAUUGUAUACUUAUGAACACGUCCGCUCUUUAAAUAUCCUGUUAUCGCGCUCACUGUAGCUGCUCCCACACUCGUUGUAUUUCCUCCUGCUCAAUGUACCAAUAUGAAUGCGAUUCAGAUGAGAGAUUGUGUGGUGUCAUAACAUAUGCAUAUUCGCAUACAAAGCAUGGCGCUCCUGCUGUCGCAUAUCGCUGCAUCACCAGCCGUGUCAAAUAUGUGAGAGAAUGAUAUUAAGCACGUGCAGCCUCAAUCCGCUUCCUGGCAACCUGUCUCCGGUUCAAGGAUGAGAAGGAAGAUGUUGCGACUUCAUCUUUGUCC